GGCCGCUACAUGGACGAGGAAGAAGCCGCGGAAAGGAUGCCUCCAGCCGGCGUCCGACCCCGGAAUCGCCCGCCACAAGUGAUGCUGAACCAGAAAAAGAUCAAAGCGAGACGGAAAAAGCGGAAGGAGUUGGUUUUGAUUCAAAUAUGCUUGUUGGGAGGGAUGCUUCUCUUCGUCAAGGGGUUCUCCUACCUAGCAGAAAAUUCAGGUUAUGACAUAUCCAGCCCCACCACGUAUGAUGAUGAGCGAUGGGGAGGCAGGAGGCUGCUGCAGGAGGAGGACACAUUGGACAGUAAUAGCAGCAUGGAGGAGGAAAAUAAAAACUGCACUGAACCAGCUCUGCACGAGUUCCCUACAGAUCUGUUCACCCACAGGGAGAGGACAGAAGGAGCUGUGGCCCUGCAUGUCCUGUGUGCCAUGUAUAUGUUCAUUGCCCUGGCCUUGGUUUGUGACGAUUACUUUGUCCCUUCGCUGGAGAAGAUAUGUGAGCGUCUUCAUCUCAGUGAGGAUGUAGCAGGGGCAACCUUUAUGGCAGCUGGAAGCUCCGCCCCUGAACUCUUCACCUCUGUCAUAGGUGUCUUCGUCACUAAAGGAGAUGUGGGUGUGGGGACCAUUGUGGGAUCAGCAGUCUUCAACAUCCUCUGCAUCAUCGGAGUGUGUGGGAUCUUUGCUGGCCAGGCUGUGAAGCUCUCCCAUUGGACACUACUCAGAGACUCCGCCUACUACACGCUCUCUAUCGUUGCCCUCAUUGCAUUUAUCUACGACGGGGAGGUUACAUGGUGGGAGUCUCUAGUCCUGAACGUGAUGUACCUCUUCUACAUUCUAAUCAUGAAGUUUAACGGCCGAGCGAGGCGCUACUUUGACCGGCGGAAGAAGAGUUCCGUGAGUCUGGCCAACGGUCUGACGGGCAGCACUGACCUGGAGGACAACGUCACCUGUGAUGCCACCGCUGUCCUGCUCAAGAAAGCUAACUUCCAGUGUAAGCCCAGUGUGCUGAUGGUGGAUGAGCUACUGUCAGCCUACCCCCACCAGCUGUCCUUCUCUGAGGCUGGCAUGAGGAUCAUGAUCACCAGUCACUUCUCCCCCAGGACACGACUCACCAUGGCUUCACGCAUGCUAAUCAAUGAGAGACAGAGGGUGAUCAACACCAGUGAGACCAGGGUCAACCAACACAUCACCAACGGAGACUCAGACUCUGCAGCCGCCAGGGCUCCGGAGAGGCGGGGUCUGGAGAAUGGCAGGACGGGCGGGGCCGAGAGAGGGCUGAACGGGAGAUGCGGAGGUCAGGAGGUCCUGGAGACGGAGAAUGAGACGGAGAACGAGGAUAAUGACAAUAAUGAGAACGAUGGAGGAGAGGAGGAAGAGGAGGAGGAGGACGAAGGACCUCUGGUCCCUCACAGACCACCAGCGGGUGUGUGUAACAAGAUGAAGUGGUUGCUGUGCUGGCCUCUGUGCCUGCUCCUCUUCUUAACCAUCCCUAACUGUGCCAAGCCACGCUGGGAGAGAUGGUUCAUGGUGUCCUUCGUCACCUCCACCAUGUGGAUAGCUGGCUUCUCCUACAUCAUGGUCUGGAUGGUGACUGUGAUUGGGUACACGCUUGGCAUCCCUGAUGUCAUCAUGGGCAUCACGUUCCUGGCGGCGGGGACUAGUGUUCCAGACUGCAUGGCCAGCCUCAUCGUAGCACGCCAAGGUCUGGGAGACAUGGCCAUCUCUAACUCUAUAGGCAGUAAUGUGUUUGAUAUUCUGGUGGGCCUGGGUCUGCCCUGGCUUUUACAGACCCUCUGCAUUGACUAUGGAUCAACAAUCUCUCUGAACAGUAGAGGAUUGAUCUUCUCUGUUGCGCUGCUCCUGGCCUCAGUGUUCCUCACAGUGCUGGGCGUCCACUUAAACAAAUGGACUCUGGACCGUCGACUGGGUCUGACCUGUCUCCUCAUGUACGCCGUCUUCGUAUGUUUCUCCGUCCUCAUCGAGUUCAACGUCUUCAUCUUCGUCAACCUGCCCAUGUGCCGCGAGAUCCUCUGAUCAUCGUUCUCUUCCUCCUCCUCCUGCUUUCGCUCCCGGAGGAUGUCUUUGCCACAGGUCUUUGCUCCCUGUCUGCUCGUGCAACCCUCGAGUGGAUGUUUAUCUUGAAAUAAUAGUUAUUUAAUUUAUCUUUGGUGCAAUACAAGCGAAAGAUGAACGGAGAUUUGAGUUCGUCUGUUUUUGGCUGGAGAAGAGAAGGUGUAAGAGAAAGUCCCAUUGGAACAUGGUGAGGUCAAAGGUCAACCAAACAGGAAGUAGUAGUGACUGCUUCCUGUUAGCUUUCUGUUGCCAGGUAAACUGAAGACAUUGGUUUGGAUAAACUAAACCGUAUUAUCAUCAACGUCGAUGUAUAAGCUGCUAACUGACUGAGAGAAGAUGAUUGGCUAACGGCGAUUGAUAGCCAAUAGGAUUGGGUUAUUUUCUUACUCUUUGUACAGUUUGGAUAUAAAUAUUAUACAUAUUGUUUAAGGUGUUUUAAGUUAGGAUGGAUGUGCGACAGGAUUCCAUGUGUGCUGGCUGUACAUAUUUGAAGAGAAUAUUGACAUGGAGAAGUUUAUCGACAUAUCGCUCUCACUUAGACUGGUUCGGUUUUUCAACCAUUCAGUGAAGCGGCAAGAAUCAAAGAAGAGAAGGACAUUUUUGUUUUAGCAGAGUGCACUGCAGUGACUUGACCAACCAGUGAUGCUCUCAUGCCAGCCAUUACUUCUCACAAAGUGUAAGAUAGCAUGGCGUGCUAAUCGUGAGUCUAUUCCUUUAGCUUUACGCUGUAAGGGAGAGUUCAUAUUAAUCUGUUCUAUUUGCAGUAAGAAAUAUUUAUGUACAGUACAGUUUCUCUUGAGUUAUAUUCUCUCCAAAUAUAUCCAAAUAUAUGUGGGAUAUAUAGUUUCCCCAAUAUAUCCCAAAAUUAUUGUAAAUAAGGGAUAUCCCUGGAGUUGAAAUCCAGCACCGUCACUUUAUUGAAAAGAGAUACAUUAUAUAAUAUGUUUCUGUUGUACAGCAUCUAGUUGUAUGUAACUGUAACUACUGAACUUAAGACCAUUUUAGGCUAUAGAACCUUGUACAAUAGUAGAAUACUUUCUACUCAAUAGUAGAAUAGUUUCUACUCAGUUGAGUACAACAUUUCUACUUAAGGAAAAUAAGUAUUUUUAGAAUAGUAAGUGAUGUAAGAAAGUACACUGUUGAGAUAUAGCUGGAUUGAAGUGUGUGUGUGUGUGUGUGUGUGUGUUUGUGUGUGUGUCUGCACACAUGCAUGCGUGCAAGUAGGUUUUUGUGUGGGUGUUAUUUAUCAAAUUCCCUAGGAGGACCAUGAAAAAUACUGUUACUGAGCAGACAUAAUCAUGAUUAAUUUAUUUAUGGAUUAAUUUAUUCACAGAUCAUGUCUGCUCUAUCGGUAUCAGACAAAAAUGUGGAUCCAGUUCUAAAUGGAAUGCUUUGUGUUCUUAUUUCUAUGUUAUUGAAAUCCAGUGUACCAGUUAUAUCAUCUAAAUAUGGGAAAACUGACUCUGUUGUUUAUAUUUAAGAAUAUAGAACUUUCUAAUUUAUAAGUUUUGUUUAGUUCUUAUUUCAAAUAUAGUAUAUAUUGCAGCAUUUGUAUAUUGUAAAAAUGAACACCUUGGCAGAUGCAGUACAUGGCACAUUAACUAGACUGGUUUAGCCACCAGAGGGCAUUCAAGUAAAUUUAAUUUGGGAGCCAUUGAACUAGAUUUGAUAUCUCUUAGUAAUAACGGUGUCAGUUUCUAGCAAGCAAACCUUUUGCACUCGCACAACAUAUCUAUUCUUAAAACAGUGCUUCUUAAACUUUUGUAAUAUCCCAGGCCCCGUAUUCACAGAGUCUCAGAGUAGAAGUGCUGAUCUAGGAUCAGGUCCCAGCUGUCCAAAUAAUGGUAUUCAUUAUGAGCUAACAGACUAAACUGAUUCUAGAUCGGCACCCCUACUCUGAAACGUUUUGUGAACACAGGCUCAGGUAUUCAGUUAAGGCCUCAAACCAACAACAAUUGUGGAUGUGUUAAUGUAUUUAAGCCAAAACAGUAACAUAUUUUGUCAACAACAGUAUUGCCACUUUGUAUCAGUGCUUUGUAUCCACAGCAUGUGUUCAAACCAAAAGUGGAGAUGUGCUAACUGAGAAUGUCUACUAUGGCUUACUUUUAUGAGGAUUGCCAUGGUUACCGGAUUAAAGGACCAGUCCGAUAUCUUUUUGAUGCUUUGUAGCCACAUGAAUGGUCCUCAGACUCAGAGUGUGUUGUAUAAGUAUUUGUACAUUUUCAAUGGGGGAGUAAGACAAUAAGAUUAUUGAUUUUGGCACAUAGAAAACAGUUUGGGUACUUUUAAGUGAACAGAAGAGGAAUUUUCUGUUAGUCUGCAUGUCUCUUCAUAAUAAGUCUGGUUAUUUUCGUGUGUACAUUUUAAUUAAGGUAUUUCAUGAUCAAAAGGCACUGUUUUGAUUAUGUUAUACUGUUCAUAUCAAAAGGGAAUAUAGGCUAUUAUAAACAAUGUUUAAAUAACUUAUGACAAACAUAUUUAUUUGGAAAAAUACAGUAUUUAGAAUGUAGGCCUGCUUCCGUAAUAGUUUUCAACAAGAACCAAUGUCAUUUUACAGUCAUGUCUUUGGAAUUGUUUGUAAAUCCCCAUUUUCUUUCGUGAGGGCCUCUGGUUAACGUAGUCUCUCUUAGUACUCUGUGUUUAGGAGGGAUUCGGUCAUAUUUUGCUCCCAGGGGUCUUCUUGCAAUAAAC